AUGACAGUGGUCUCUACGGUCAGUACUCAUUGGGCAUUCACUUUCGACUUCGCUACAAAGAUCGCCCCAACACCAAGGACCAUACCGUUCGAUCUUAUGCAGACCAAGAAGAACCUGGAGGAUAAAAAGCAUCGUCGUGCUGAAUGGGAAACUGAACAGACUCGUUUUGAUGAGGAGCUCAACGCCAAGGUCAAGGCUGAGCGAGAGCAGAUGAAGGAGAGACUCACCAAGGUCGAUUCCGAGAAGGCUACUGAAGUUGAGAAGAGGGCUCAGGAGACCGCUGACGAGGCAUUGAGAAAGAAGACAGAGGACAUCGGGUUUUGGUUUAACGACAAGGAUGAGACUGUUGCUUACGGGAAUCAUAAGGACAACGACAACGACGAUAUUGUUGUUUCAUGUUCCACUGAGUCUCCCCAAUCCUCUCCCAAGAGUGUCGAUUUGAUAGCCGAUCUCACUCAACAGAAGCAGUAG